UGAACUGCGAACUGUUCAUCACAAAACAUAAAAAAUAAUAAUAAUAAUCAUAUAGAUAUUUAUAUACAAAUAAACACAAUCACACAUUAUCUUUUUGUGGUGUUCACAAGUCUUUAAAAUGGAGUGCAAAUUUUUACUACUUUGUAUUAUUCUGUCAAUCAAUCAUGAGUUGUACCUUGUAAAUUUACAUCCAACCACUAGUACAGAUGGUGGUAUUAUUCGUCAUCGAACUAAACGAUGGGCACAUUAUGAAGUACAUAAAUGUGGUCGGAUAAAAGGCUACAGUUGUCUAGAGCAUCGUCAUUGUUAUGAACGUUAUCUACGUCAUGAUAUGGUUUGCUUUGAAGUUUAUCCAUGCUUGAGUUCAUGUAUAUUCACUGCUCAGCUUCAAGAUCCUGAAAAGCUGAAUGAACAGAUCAGAAAAUUAUUAUUAGACGAUGUCUCAGUCAAUGAUCGUAAUGAUUCAAUAAAUUAUGUACGUGAACAAACAAAAAAAUUGGCGAAAGAAUUAAAUUUAACCUUACCAAUGUAAAAUAAAUCAGUUAAUUUAAGUUCAUCUAUUCAACCAAAGAGUCCUUUUGUAUCAUAAACCAUAGACAAAAUAAAAUACCCAAAGGCAACAGCAACAUGACUUCUUUAUACUUUAUUUUCUAUUGUACACUUAGCUAUAUUCAUUUUUGAAAUGAGUGCAUUUUUGUGAUACUUCUACUACUAAUACUACUGUUACUUGAACUUAUUCUACUACCACUCCCACUUCUACUA